AAGAAACAUUCAUUUCAAGAAUUCAGAUCUACUGAUUCUGCAAGCUUCCAAUUCUCGAGCUCGGGCAUUGAGUUUUAUUACCUUCAAUCCAUUGUGAUAUCUCACUUCUUCCAUCUUCUCUUUGCCUUACGCUUUUGAGUUGUGUAUAUCAUAUCACCCAGCUUCAUGAUGUGUUGAAAUAUCGCAGCGCCAUGGCCGGAAUUGUCCUCGCCGGCUUUUUUGUCGGAUUCCCGGACAAUGAGGGUGUUUAUCUGCCCAGAUUCAGUGGUUUGAUGUGACUAAGCCAGGUUUUCGGGGUCAGCGUGACAUGUGAAACCUAGUCGGCGGUGGAGUGAUCAAGAAUGUUCAGGUCGACGAGAUGGAGGAGCGAGAAGCACAGGAUCAAAGCUGUUUUCAAGCUGCAAUUCCGUGCUAGUCAGGUGCUGCAAUCUGGAGUAAAUGCCUUGAUGUUGUUUAUAAUUCCGGACGACGUUGGAAAGCCAACUACGAGAUUAGGGAAAACCACGGUUCGAGAUGGAGUCUGUAGAUGGGAAAAUCCGGUUUACGAAACAGUCAAAUUCACACGGGAUCCCAAGACUGGGAAGAUCCAUGACAGAAUAUAUUAUUUUGUCAUAUCAACGGGACUAACGAAAGCUAAUUCCAUUGGGGAAGUUUUGAUUAAUUUCGCCGAUUAUGCUGAGGCCACAAAGCCUUCAACUAUCUCUUGUUCAAUCAAGAAUUCUCACUGUGAUGCUGUUUUGCAUGUAUCAGUACAGAGGCUACAGGAAAAUGACAAUAGAAGAGAAGAGGACGAAUGUGAAGAAGUCAAAACAAAAUCCCAAGAUAGAAGCUUAAGAACCUAUUUAAUUGAUGGAGAUAUAGAUGAAAGCCAUACAAGUAAUUCUGCUGAAGAUGUCUCUGCCAAAGCAAUUACCCUUAGAGCUGAAUUUAGUGCUGAUUGUAGGACAUCCAGUGGAUCUGACCUUACAUUGUCCAGUUCUGGCAGCAGCUCUGGACUCGAUACUCCCAAAGAUCUUGGACUAGGAAAUGCCAACAUCCAUCAGAAGCCACGUGGUUUGGUUUCAUGUACUAACAACAUUUCAGAGCCUCAAAAGCCUUGUCAAAAUACCACAACGUCAGAGCAUGAGGAACGCCCAAGAUUAAGCUUUGACUGGUCAGCUGACUCGGAACGUGGGUUGAGUACAAGUGAUUUGACAAAUGGUUCCCAUGAUGCUCUUCCAAGGGAAAGGUCUCAAGAGGCAUCAGAUAGGGAGAUUGAAAGACUUAAGGCUGAGCUUUCUGCUUUGACUAGACAAGUGGAUGUGACAGAAUUGGAAGUACAGACUCUUCGGAAACAAAUUGUGAAAGAAAGCAAAAGAGGGCAGGAGCUCUCGAAGGAAGUUAUUAGGUUGAAAGAGGAAAGAGAUGCACACCAGACACAAUGUGAGAAUCUUAGGUCUUUUUACAAACGUAUGGAUGAGGCCAAACUUAAAAGCAGUGCACAAUUGGAAACUGGUGAUCUGUGCACUCUUAUUGAGGAAACUAGACAAGAAUUGAAUUAUGAGAAGGCUUUGAAUGCCAAUCUUCAGCUACAACUGAAGAAGACGCAGGAAUCAAAUGCUGAACUUGUUCUUGUUGUACAGGACUUAGAUGGAAUGUUGGAGAAGAAAAAUAGAGAAGUAUGUAAUAUUUCCAAUAAUUACAGACUGAGUCAAAAUUCCCAAGAAUUAAGGAGAAAUCUCUUGAAAUAUGAAACAGAUGAUGACAAAGAACAGAAAGUUCUGGAAGAAAUUGUUAAUGAGCACAGAAACAUUAAGGAGACACAUUUACUUGAGCAAAAGAUUGUAGAUCUCUUCGGUGAAGUAGAGAUCUACAGGAGAGAAAAAGAUGAAUUAGAGAUCCAGAUGGAGCAGCUUGCACUUGACUAUGAGAUACUGAAACAGGAAAACCAUGACAUUGCGUAUAAGCUGGAGCAGAGCCAACUGCAAGAUCAGUUAAAAUUUCAGUAUGAAUGCACAUCUCCUCCUCCUGCUGCAGCAGCAGCAAAUGAUAUUGAAACCCAUAUUGAGAGUCUGCAAAUUAAGCAUCAGAAGAAGUCCGAGGAUUUCUCUGGUUCCCUGGUAACCAUUGGGGAACUUGAAUCUCAUAUCAGUAGAUUGGAGGAAGAAUUGGACAAACAGGCUCAAUCUUUUGAAGCUGAUCUAAAAUCUGUGAUGUAUGAAAAAGCUGAGCAGGAACAAAGAGCCAUCCAAGCAGAGGAAGCCUUGCAAAAGACCAGAAUUCAUAUUGAAGGUCUGGAAAUUGAACUGAAGAAACAAUCAAAAGAUCUCUCAGAUUCUAUGGCUACCAUUAAAGAACUUGAAUCCCAUAUCAGAAGAUUGGAGGAAGAAUUGAAGAAACAAGCACAAUCAUCUGGAGCUGAUCUAAGGGCUGCAGCACAGGACAAAGUUGAGCAGGAGCAGAGAGCCUUCCAAGCAGAGGAAGCUUUACAAAAGACCAGAAUCCAUAUUGAGAGCCUGGAAAUUGAACUGACGAAACAAUCGAAAGAUCUCUCAGAUUCUAUGGCUACCAUUAAAGAGCUUGAAUCCCAUAUCAGAAGAUUGGAGGAAGAAUUGGAGAAACAAGCACAAGCAUCUGGAGCUGAUCUAAGAGCUGCAACACAGGACAAAGUUGAGCAGGAGCAGAGAGCUAUCCAAGCAGAGGAAGCUUUACAAAAGACCAGAAUCCAUAUUGAGAGCCUGGAAAUUGAACUCAAGGAACAACUGAAAAAUCUCUCAGAUUCUAUGGCUACCAUUAAGGAACUCGAAUCCCAUAUCAGAAGAUUGGAGGAAGAAUUGAAGAAACAAGCACAAUCAUCUGGAGCUGAUCUAAGAGCUGCAACACAGGACAAAGUUGAGCAGGAGCGGAGAGCCAUCCGAGCAGAGGAAGCUUUACAAAUGACCAGAAUCCAUAUUGAGAGUCUGGAAUUCGAACUCAAGAAACAGUCAGAAGACUUCUCAUGUUCAAUGGCUACCAUUAACAAACUUGAAUCCCACAUCAGAAGAUUGGAAGAAGAAAUGGAGAAACAAGCAGAGUCUUUUGAAGCUGAUCUGAAUGCUGUGACACAGGACAAAGUUGAGCAGGAGCAAAGAGCCAUCCGAGCAGAGGGUGCUUUACGAAAGACCAGAAUAAAAAAUGGUAAUGCAGUUGAAAAGCUUCAAGAAGAAUUUAAAAGGCUCUCAAUGCAAAUGACAUCUACAUUUGUUGCAAAUGAGAAGGCUGCCAUAAAAGCAUUCACAGAAGCAAGUGAAUUGCGUGCAGAGAAUAGUCUACUGAAAGAAAUGUUACAGAAGGUCAAAGAAGAGUGUCAGUCUGUCAAAGCAGAUAAUGAGGUGAAACUGAAUGAACUUUCCACUCAAAUGGAAUCAAUGAGAGUUAAGACACAACAAAUGCUGUUGGAAAUUGAUGGUAAGUCCAAGCAGCUUGAAAAUCAGAAGAAACAUAAGGAAAAAGUCUGUGGAGAUCUUUUUGAGGAGGUGCAGAUUCUAAAGGCUGAGAAUGAAAAGCUUAAAGUGGAGAUGUUGCGCCUCUCUGAGCAAGUGAAGCAGAAAGAAGUCUUCGGAACUGACUUGGAACUUAUGAAGAAAUCACAUGAGGAGUCUGAGACUCUGGUAAAGAGGGGAAUUGAUGAAAGAGAUAAGUUAGUUAAUACAAUUGCUUUAUUGAGGAAGGAAGCAGAGCAGUCUCUUGAUGAAUUAAAUAAGAUUAGGCAUCUCAAGGAUGAAAAAGAGACAUUGGCUGAGCAAGUAAAAUCAGAGUUGGAAGAACUUCAAGCUCAAUACAGAGGUUUAAGACAUUCCCUUUUUGAGGAUGAAGUUGAGAAAGAAAAGCUUAGGAAGCAAAUUCUUCAGCUGAAGGGUGACCUAAUGAAGAAAAACAAUGCAUUAGUCAGCAUUGAGAAGAAGUUCAAAGAUAGUAAUGGACGUGCACAACUUCUUGAUGGAACAAGAGUUAUUCCAAAGAAUACAAGAUCUUCCUCAAGCCCUCAAAAUUCAGAAGAAAUGGACUUGAAGGAGAAAAUAACUAUGCUUGAGGGCCUGAUAAAAUCCAAAGAAACUGCCUUGGAAACAUCAGCAACCUCAUUUUUGAAGAAAGAAAAAGAACUCCAGGACAAAAUUGAGGAGCUGGAGAAGAGAGUGGAAGAAUUCAAUCAGAGUAGUGCUUUGCAAAAGGUUGUUGAGGAUAAAAGUAUCGCAACUUUAACUGAUGAAUGUGGAGGAGUAACACGUGAAGUUGAGCAUCUUAAUGGCACAACACAUUCGCCUGAAGAAAACGUGGUUGCAUUGUCAUCAAUCAAGAGUGAUGUGGAUUUGUCAAAGAGAGCAUUGAAAGCAAUUGAGAUUGAUAAUGGUAGUAGCAAUCUUUGUGAUCUAUUAGCUAAGUUAGGAUCGUUGAGGGAAAGAAACAAAUCAAUGGAAAGUGAACUGAAGGAGAUGCAAGAGAGAUACUUAGAAAUGAGUCUCAAAUUUGCUGAGGUAGAAGGCGAAAGACAAAAGCUUGUUAUGAUGGUACGGAGCCUCAAGGGUACUCAGAGGAGCUAACGAGUUUUGGAUUACCCACCUGUUUGUGUAUAGUUCUGAAGCAGGUGGGAGAUGAAGGGCUGAAAAAUGGGAAUGGGAUUAAAAUUGAAUAAAUUACUAUGUAUAUUGGCAAGAUAAAACUGUUUUAUUUUUUUCCCUUUUUUGUUUUAGCUUAAUUAAUGUUGAAUGGCUGCCCAAUUAGGUACCAUUUUAAGAAAUUUUUUCUGUAGGUUGUAUGUAAUGUCUGUUUUUAGCUAACAAGAGUGCCCUUUCAUGUAUUGUUCGAGCAACAAAUCAUGACAGUGUACUCUUCCUUUUUCUUAUGUAUACAUAUUCUUUUAUUGUAUAUUGUAAUUAUGAUUGAUUUCAAUAUAAUAUGAGCUGUUAUUUCCCA